UGCGGCAAAAGAAAACAUUUAUUUCGUGAUGAUGGCGGAUAUGUACAUGUAUUUAUAAAUGUCACGAUGGCAUGAGUAUAUCAGUGAGAGGCAGAGGGUUUGAUGAUAGUAUUUUGCAAAUUUUGUCGCUGGACGACAUGGGGUUUUCACACAGUCCAUCACAUAUGUGGAAGGGUGUAGCAACGGCAAUGGUCCUGUUUUCCUUGAGCUCCUACGUCAGCGCAGCACCCCGGCGAUGGAAGUGUGACGUGGUGGAAGGGGUUCAGACGGGCUCACGAGUGCCGGAGAUGGGGGCUAUCAUAGGGGCAUCUUUAAGCACUACUAACUUUUCAGCUAGAUCUCAAAUUGCCUUAAGGCGCAGUGGCGAGGAACAAUUUGAACCAGAAAGGCCCUCGAUGAGACCUCGCUGGAUGGAAAGACAGGUGCGCGCAGAACGCGGUGUGGGGAACUUAGCGCCUUGUGAGUGCAUGUCAGAGACUCACUUUCGUGAUCUAGGCCAGGGCUUUGACCCUCGUUUUAUUCGUGAUGUUUUAUGUAAAGGCAAAUGUUCAAACGAGCACGGGGUGUGCGUACCUCGAAACAGGACGGUCACUGUUUUGAAGAGACUCCCACAAACAUGGCAUCUUGAGUGUGAAAAUGGCUUUAGACCAGUUGGAUUAACUGGGGGUUGGGGGAAAACGAAAGUCAUGGUCACAACACAUUGUGACUGCGUACUGUGAUGUGUAUAUGCAAGGUGAGAUUCUCAGAUAUUUGCUGAUGGAGUCAUACCUGGGAAUAUUAUCUAAAUAUCCAAAAACAAAAUUGGAGCCUAGAAACAUAAUAUAUAUAGAUAUAGAUAUACGUGUCGUAAGCUUUCUUGAUUAGGAACAUUCAA